CGAGAGUAAAUGCAGAGAAGGGUUUGUCAAAACAUCCGUCUCUCUUGUAGAUUUGUGUACAGAAGCGAGGAAUUGGUUGAGGUUAGGAGGUAGCGAUAGAAAGAAGGAAGCACGGCGAACAAGAAAGAAAUCAGGCGAUUGAUUGAUUGAUUGACUGUCGAGGAGGGCGUGAAUCGCAGUUCGGUGGUGGCCAACAGCGAGGGGGCCCGUCGAGGCGACUGAUUGUUUAGUGGAGGAUGGCAAGUUCUGUGGUGGCGUCGGGUUUGGGCUCUUCCUUGGCGAGAUUGGCAUGUCUGGCAACGGAUGCGCACUCGAGUUCUUCCGGUAUGGAGGAUCGAUUCUCGUCCGCGUGUGGGCUCAGGAGCCCCGUGGGGCUCGGUUCAGCCGCCUCUGGGUUUGCAGGUGGUGCUCGCAGGGUGUGUGUGGAGAGUCCUCGAAGCUUUUCGUCCAGACGCGAUGGCACCUCGUUCCAGGCCCGUGCUCGUACAGCGACGUGUGAUGAAACUGAAGAGAAAGUCGAGAGCCCUAGUACUCAGACGAGCAGAAUAGGAGGAGAGCCAACUCUCUAUGAUAUUUUAGGUCUCACCGAAAACGUGGGUGUCAAGGAGAUCAAAUCAGCAUUCCGGCAGCUUGCUAGAAGAUUUCACCCCGAUGUAAACGCAGAGGAGCAGAGGGAAGAGUGCACACAGGACUUCAUGAAGAUUCAUGCUGCUUACACUACUCUGUCGGAUCCCCAAAGCAAAGCCGCAUAUGACCUACAGCUUUCAAUGCAACGUUUUCAAAGGAAUGGUUACGCCGGCAGUCGAAUAACUCCAUUAUCUCAAAGUUGGGACUUCCCCACGGCACCGGAGAAAUCAUCCCCUGCUCAAAAUUGGGACAUCUCAUGGUCGACUGGCUAUUCUGCACCGAGUUCUUUCAAUUCUCAAUGGAAGGGAAGAAGCUGGGAAACUGAUCAAUGCUGGUAAUUCAGCUCAGAAACAAGAACCCCCUAUCGUAUAUAAUUUCAGGGGUCUCCGGAGGGCGCGUUACUGCUAAAUCUUCUUUUAGAGCUGUAGAUUACCCAGCAGCAUCCCACCAUUUAGAGAAACUCAAUUUUACUAGUCUCUGUAACAAUCAACAACUGUACAUGAGUACGCCCCUAGUCGAUGAGAGCUGUUGGCAUGACGAACUGUAAAUAUAGGCAGUCAUGACAUAACUUCGACAAAUUUGUGAAUAAAUCAAUAUUCAAUCGCCACC